AUGCCCCGUCGCACCGCAGCCAGACCCGCUCAGAUUCGUCAGCGCGACGCUGGCCACGUGGUGUUACAGACAUAUCAGAAAGCAAGUGUCAAGUUGAUAUCACCGUGGAGACCAAUGAGCCAGGGCGUCACGGCGCCAAGCGGAGGAUGCCUCCGCGCUGGACUUCAGGCUGGCAGUUAUCGCGGCCUGCACCGCACGCAACCACCACGCUCAUGCCUUGCACGACUCCGCCCUCAACCGCAGCACUCAGGCACUCCGCCAGCCUACUGCUGCAUCCUCGCUCUCUCCGCAGCUAACGACCCUCUGCGCUUUAUGGCAGAAGCGAUCACCAUCCCCUCUCCGUCCGCCUUCCUCAGCUCCCCCGCGGAGGCUGCCCUCACCACCACCUCUCCCCAACCCCAACCCCGCCGCCGCUCGCCAGCCACGCCCAAGCCAAAACCACCCCUUGCCGAAGCUCCCACCACCUCGAAAACCCCUCCGCAGCCCAUCACCAAGCGCAAGCAGUCGAAAAGCAGAAACGGUACAGUGUCGCUCUUAUCUCGCCUCGUCCUAUCGGCCUCGGUUCCCCCAGCCGAGAGCACAUUGCGACUCUCGCUAUUGGAAAACCAUCUACUAACGCCUAGUUUUCCAGGCUGCGUCACCUGCAAGGCCAAACGUCUAAAGUGCGACGAGACGAAACCUACCUGCCAGCAGUGCGCCAGGCGGAGCGUGCCCUGCGGCGGGUACAAAAAGGACUUCAAAUGGAGACCCUUCGAGGAGGCCAACUUUGUCGGCAACAAGCCUACGGCAGGAAAACAACGGAAGGCGUCCCCCUCUCCUGCCCAAGCUCAAAACCCUUCCGCUAAGUCUCGAAGCCCACCUGCUGCGGAGAGACCGAAGGUGACUUUCGCCGACGAUGUACCCUCACGUUCAUCUGCCGAACAGCAGGCUCCUGUUUCUUUACCACCGACAUCUUUCAUGGAGAUUUCGUUUCCCAGCCCUAGUAGUUUUUUCCCUCCUGUGCCCCCUCUUUUCCAGGAUCCCAUGGACACUAUGCCAUUCGCGGAUCCCUUUGAGCCGGGAUCGACCGCAAGCACUAUGAGUAUGUUCAACGAUGCGGAAACGGUUGACACAAUGCAGUCCGCAACUACAGCCCCAUCUAGUCUGUCCUCUGGACAGUCUCCGAGGCUCGUGGACUUACUCUUACCAGGGGCAGAUCUGAACGCGACGUCUCCUGCGUUUCUCGACUGGCACGCGCAAUAUUCAGCUUCCUUGUAUCACCAACCGCCAGAUCAAAUGGACGAAGAAGGGGACGUCGAAGAGAUCUUUAGGCAGCCCCCCAUCAACCCAGACCACGAAGCAUGGGUAAUGCGUCUGCCAUCGCCUGAACGUGAAAGUUCAUCAGGCUCAUCAGAGGGCGGAUUAGCCACUCCGCGAUCGGAUCCUUUUGACGUCUUUUUGGACGGGCCCAGGUUGCCGAGGGGAAGCCCUGAGAUGGUCACCUUGCGUUUCGAUCAGGAGACGUGUGGCAUCUUGUCGUUGAAGGACGGUCCGUCCGAGAAUCCAUGGCGGACAAUGAUUUGGCCGCUGGCUAGAGACUGUCCGGCCCUUUAUCAUGCGAUCGCGUCGAUGACGAGCUUUCACACGGCGAAGAGAGAGCCGCAGCUCCGAGUUUGUGGCAUAGAGCACAUGCGGACCAGCAUCGAGGCUCUCGCGACAGGCAUCCAGAACAUGCGUUUUGAGACUGCCAUCGCAACCACUUUGGCGCUCGCAUUCUCAGAGUCAUGGGAUCAGCACACGUCGACCGGCAUCGAUCACAUCAAAGGUGCCAAGAUCUUGGUCAAUCAGGCUCUGAUAAAACAUCAGCGAGCCCCCUUGAUGGGGCAGGAACUGACCAGGUUGAAGUUUCUUUGCAACACGUGGAUUUACAUGGAUGUUAUCGCUCGCCUUACGUCUGUGGAUGCCGAUGAUUCAAACGAUUUCGACACCAUCGGUUCCAUGUUCAAUGACCCGUUCGAAUACGAGUCCCAGCAUGUGGAUCCGCUGAUGGGUUGUGCCGCGACCCUGUUUCCCAUCAUUGGGCGCGUCGCGAACCUCGUCCGUCGCGUGCGCAGGAGCGAAAGCAAUUCGCCUGCCAUUAUCUCGCAAGCGAUGGAGCUGAAGACGCGGCUAGAGGACUGGGUACCACAAGCUUUCUUCGAAGUGCCCGAGGACCCGACGUCGCAGGUCCAACACAGUCUGCAGACGGCCGAGGCGUAUCGGUGGGCGACGCUGCUGUACCUGCACCAGGCGGUGCCAGAAAUUCCGUCCCUUUCAUCCGCCGAGUUGUCCAAGAAAGUCCUCGUCUACCUUGCGACAGUCCCGUUGUCCAGCCGCACCAUCAUCGUGCACAUCUACCCCCUCACAGCAGCCGGGUGUGAGGCCGCCGACGAAGAAGACCGUCAGUGGGUGCGCGACCGAUGGGAAGCAAUGGGCCAACGCAUGGUCAUCGGCAUCAUUGAUCGCUGUCUCGACAUUUGCCGCGAGGUGUGGGCGCGGCGCGACGCGUAUGAAGCACGCAUCCGGCCUCGAGCCAAGGUUGCGACGAAGGCGAGCUUGAAACGUAAUGUCAUCGGUCAUGAAGAGCAUCAUGAAGAUGACGAUGAGCCGGUCCGCUGGAACGAGAAUUUUGUCGGUAAGCGGAGAGCCACAAUUGGCCCGUUUGAAAUGCCCAAGGCGGUACAUGUAAAAGGGCAGCGCCGGAACUCGAGCGAUAACACGGGUGUUGUGAACCGUGAGUUUACCGUGAGAGGACGGUUGCAUUGGCUGGGAGUGAUGAAGGACUGGGGCUGGGAAGGUGAGUUUGUCAGCGUUUGA